CUCUCUUCUCAGUCCAGGCUGAAGUUGCUCACAGACGGAGCCUGAUUCCAGCGGCAGUCGUCCUUCCCUUUUUUUUGUUUGUUUGUGAGUUCGGAGAGCACCCUAGAGAGACUCCAGCCGGAUCCAUGCCAUAGCACACCGUUUGUGGAAAAUGAUAAUCUGCUUGAAUAAAAUGGAGUACCCCUUAAGAUCGCAGUGCCAGCGAGUACAGAAACAGGUGAUGGUGAACCGUGAGAAGGAGCGGGUGUCGUUGCUGGUCAUGAAGAAACUGGUCAGCAGGGGCAGCGUGGACGCCGUGUCCCAGCAGAUGGCGUCUCACCCUCAGUAUCUGGAGAGCUUCCUGCGCACACAGCACUACAUCCUGCACAUGGACGGGCCCCUGCCACUGCCAUACCGCCAUUAUAUCGCCAUCAUGGCUGCUGCACAACAUCACUGCAACUACCUGGUGUACCUGCACUCGGCUCAGUUUCUGAGGGUGGGCGGGGACCCUCAGUGGUUGCAGGGUUUGGAAGCAGCACCCCUACGCCUUCGCCUUCUCGACCACAUCAACAAGGUGCUGGCCCACCAGCCCUGGCUCACCACCUGCUCCCAUAUCCAGACUCUGCUGAAGGCAGGCGAACAGUGCUGGUCUCUGGCCGAGCUGGUGCAGGCCGUGGUGAUCCUGGCCCACUGCCACUCCCUCUGCAGCUUUGUGUUUGGAUGCAACACAGACUCCAACUUUGUUCCUCUUGCCAAAUCUCCCAACGGUACCCCGCUGACCUUCUGCCCCUUUGAUGCUGCCAACGGCAACACCAGCGUGCCUCAGUCGACUGCUGCGCCCUCUGAACACAUAGCACGACGACGGUCUUUAGACUCCAGUUGUGACAUGGUUUGUCUAAAGGAGAAGAUCCAGAAGUCCCAGGAGGAGCAAGAGAGGAGAGACGAGCGUUUUCUGCAGACACAGACCCUCCAGCAAACAGACAUGGAAGAAGAGGAGGAGAUGAUGUGCUUCGCGGAUCCAUCACGUUUCGUCACCGACGCUGACUUCUGCUACCAGGAGUUCGCCCGCAGGGACGAGGACCGCUUCCAGGUGUUGAGAGUUCAGGACUAUUCAUGGGAAGACCACGGCUUCUCCUUAGUAAACAGGCUGUACUCAGACAUCGGCCACCUCCUGGACGACAGAUUCAGGAACGUGGCCACCCUGCCCUCCAUGCACAGCCCCGAUCUGAAGAGGGCAAUCUGGAACUACAUCCACUGUGUGUUAGGAAUCCGGUAUGAUGAUUACGAUUAUGGAGAGGUGAAUCAGUUGCUUGCACGAGAUUUAAAGCUGUACAUCAAAGCUGUGGCUUGUUACCCAGACGCAACAAAAAGCCUGGUGUGUCCUCUCAGCUGGACUCUGCUUAAAGCUUCAGAAAGGAUACACGUAAAUUUACUCAUCGUGGAGGCCCGGCUGCAGGCGGAGCUGCUGUACGCGCUGAGAGCCAUCACUCAGUACAUGAUAGCCUGAGCGCUCAGGAGAGUGAAGCUGAAACUGUUUGUCGGUACGGAGAGACUCGGAGGCACGAGGACGGAGACAUCUAAUGACUGGGACAAGAUCGGCACUUUUUUAAGGACACAGAACCCGGUCGUUCGUGGCUGUGCCUCAUGAUUAUUCCUCUCAGAUUUAUUGUAUUUAUACCGCAGUGUGCCAUACCCUCUG